AAGGGAAAACUUGUUAGCAGUUAUUUCAGGCUCCGUCCGUGCCUUCUGGUUUUCUCUCUCUCUCCUACAACCUCCAAAACCCUUUACAAUCACCAAACGAGGGAGGAGGACAGCAGCUUCUAUAGAGAGAGAGAUCAAAAUGAGCGGCUCCUUCUUGAGAAAAUCCAGCAUCCACAGGCUGUUACGCAGCCACACGAUUACCGAUACCGGACUAGACCCGUCGACGACAGCGACGGCAAUUUAUUCGAUUAUGAAACACCAGACGACGCAGUCGAGGGUUUAUUUUCGUUUCCCUCAAAUUUUCAGGAAAUCUAGAGAGUUUAAUGAGUUUUCUCCUCCCUUUUUCACCUCACCAUUCUCGUCUUCUUCUUCCACUUCCUCUUCGUCGACUGCAGCGGCGUCUUUUGUUGGGUGGUACUUGGCGAUGGUCAAGUCGCGGCCUAUUUUGACAAAGAGUGUCACUUCCUCGCUUAUUUAUGUUGCUGCAGACUUGUCUUCUCAGACAAUUGCAAGACCGGCUUCAGAACCUUAUGAUUUAGUGAGGACAUUGCGAAUGGCAGGAUAUGGGAUGCUCAUUUUAGGACCAUCACUGCAUUUUUGGUUUAAUUUUGUGUCCAAACGAUUUCCAAAGCGAGAUUUAAUCACAACAUUUAAGAAAAUUAUUAUGGGACAGACUCUCUAUGGACCUGCCAUGACUGCUCUUUUCUUCUCCUUGAACGCACGCCUUCAAGGUGAGAACGGUGCUGAGAUUGUUGCCCGGUUAAAACGGGAUUUAUUGCCAACAAUGGUGAAUGGUGUCAUGUACUGGCCCAUAUGUGAUUUUAUUACUUUCAAAUUCAUUCCUGUCCAUUUACAGCCACUGGUGAGCAAUUCUUUUUCAUAUCUAUGGACUGUCUACAUGACAUAUUUGGCAAGUUUGGAUAAAGUGAGCACUAACACUAACAGCCAAUUUGCUUAAAUGCUUCCGGGUUUUACCUCCAACUACACUGCAAUGCACUGGUGGAUGACAAUUUUAAACUAAACCGGGCAUGUCUUGCGCCAAAAUGCUGUUAUUUCAUCAGCGGUGGGAGCUCGGUUGAACUUAAUGGUUAAAUCAUUCUCAAAUAUAGCUGAGGGGCAACAAUUUUGGAUGGAUUUUCUGUAAAGCAAAGCUUAAUAUUAUUGGAGACAUUUUUCUUAGUAAAGGAGUUGAUCCAUCUGAAGUUGUUUGCACAAUCUGAAAAAGAUUAUCAUGUAAUGUAAAACUAAAAGACUGGAUUAGAUGACUGCAAUUUAUUUAUAGCUUAAUUUUCUGAA